AUGUUCAACUCGCGUUCAGUCUUGAGCACUGGACAAAAGCUCGUUGGGCUCCUCUCUGGUAGCUCUGAAACGACCGACGACGGCUUCAAUAUACAGGUUGGUCGAUCUGUGAGCGCCCAAACCAUUUACAUCCCGCACUGUGUGCUCGGUCUGUGUCCAAUCCUGAGUGAUCGCCUUUUACCAGGCUGCAGGAUCGUAAACGCCGAUUCUGUAGUCUUUACCAUCGUUAUCGAGCACCUACGAUCCAUCAGCAUAUUUGGUUUGAUAUCAUUCAGCGCACCCGGCCAUCUAUCAAAGUUGACCUCAGGCGAACAGCCUCUUCUCAACUUCGCAAAAGCGUGGCAUGUUCUUGACAUGCUGCGCAAGCCUGCGCUGCAAGAUAAGCUUCUCAAAAUCUAUCGCACGUACUAUAUGAAGUGCCUAGAGGAUAGAAACCACCGUCAGCAGGAUCUAGAGCCUUCAGAGUUGAAGCCACUGGACUCGGAGCCGUUCGUCUACGUGAGGAACUACGUUGGCUAUCAUAGCAAGGCAGAGCGAUUUCUGAUCGACUUCCAUGCUGGCCUCAUGCAAAAACAGAAACAGCUCAGACGCAGUGAUUUCAAGUCACUGCCUCCUGAAAUCGCAGUCCUGGUUCGAGAUCGCUGGCUCGAGCUCUGCGGCAGGGUCAGGAAGGAUAGCCACCACUCCGACUUCAAUCGCGACCGAAUCGUAGCCAGCGACCCUUGUUACAAGGUCACAAAGAACGAAGCAAUCCAACACGGAAACUUCGAAAUUCAAUAUUUACACGAAGGAACUAGUGGCACAUUCGGUCUGAAUCCUCCUCUUUCUAGCUCAACUCUUGCCAAUUUGCAGGCUUCCCGCAUUAACUCGACCGGGACGAACCCUUCUCCAGGAGAUUCGGCACGAUCCUCGGAGCUCCCUCAGGAGCCAACACUGGAGAACCCUUUUGCACAGGCGACCCUGGAACAGAAACGACGAAAACGAAGGGAGCCCUCGUCAUCAGUCUCACCGACUCGUUUGCCAUCCAGUCUUGGAACACCUGCGGUCGGGCGCCGUUCGUCAAUUGCGAUCCGUUCAGGUUGCCGGCAAUCUCGCAAUCAGGCUUCGCGCAGGUCCAGCGUCUCUUUCGCCUCAGAUCCCCCGAGCCAAGCACCUCUCAUGUCUGACAGCCCGGGCAGAAGAAGUUGGUCGCGUGAUAUAGGCGACGUCGCGGCAAUGGACGGGGAAAGUGUGCAUGACCUUUCUGCACCCAAUCUGCACUGGAAUGAUCUGCCAACUGAUCAGCGUCGCGAGUAUGGGGUCUUCAGUGCACUGGACUUUGCAGCGUGA